GUUACAAUGGCGAACAUAACUAUAGUAAUAUCGUAUUAAAACGAAGAGACAUAAAGAAAAAAUGUUACCAUUUUCUGUUAUCUGAAAACUGACUAAGGAAGAAUGGAAUGUCUGUUCAUGCGAGUCAUGUGGAUUUUUAUCUGCAUGAAUGAUUGCCUUUUGUAUGCUGAUACGGUAGUGUAUGGAGAUAUUAGUAUUGAAAGAAUUGAUACCACAUCCUUCAGACUACAUGCUGACAUUUAUAAACCUAUAAUAGGAAAGAGUGUUAACGUCUUGGUGAAUCAUCGUACCAUAGGUGUAGUUCGCCUAUACGAUAACAAGUGCUACACGAAAAACAUGGAGUGUACCGGCAACAGCUGUUCGUGUACUUCAACUGACGGCGUAUUUAGUUUGGAUUAUGUCUAUCAUCAUCUGAACUGUAGCAAAAGUUGUACACUUGGGGUAGAUAUGCUUGUCAAAAAAGACAACGGAGGACAACAAAAAGUGACUCUAAUCAAAUUCUUCAAUGGCAAAGGUUUUGGAAAUCUUGACACUAGUAUUGAUGAUGAAUUAACCGAUCCUGUGGAGAAGCGAGAAAAUAUAUUAAUUCCUGAUAUAUGUUCAGAGAACGGAUAUACACCUUUGACGUUAACGUACACUCUGGUGACAACAAUUUCGAUUGUUAUAGUCGUAACAGCUGCUACUACAGGGUUUAUUCUGGUACAGUCUAUAAAGAUAAGGAACAAAAAAUAUACGAAACUCGAAGGUCUAAAUUACGACGACAUUUCCAACGAAUGCUCCGAGGAAACUUCUGCUUUAGUAAGUGCGCCUUUUAUAACAGAAAAAAUUAUCUCAAUGACCGAUAACACAGAAUUGCGCCUGGUUAUAAUUGGCAGAGCAGGGACAGGGAAAAGUGCCACUGGAAAUAAAAUCUUGGGCAAACCGGAAUUUAAUUCAAAAGUGUCUGGGUCCUGCAUUACGACCAAAUGCAAGGUCGGAACGAAUAAUAGAUUCAAUCGCAACAUAACAAUUGUAGAUACACCACCGAUUUUCGAUACCGGAAUGAAUAAUGAGCACAUGUCAAAAGAAGUAGCAAAGAUCAUCAGAAUGACUGUGCCAGGACCUCAUGCGUUUCUUUUGACUUUGCAAAUAGGCGUAUUUACAAAGGAAGAACUCAAUAGUAUUAACAAUUGUUUGGCCCAUUUUGGAGAUGAUUUCUUUAAGUACGUGGUUGUUAUCUUCACCAGAGCAGAUGAUCUUGAUGACGAAAAUAUAGACAUUAGGGAUUAUGUAAAAAAUUGUCCUCCAUCACUGAAAAAGAUUCUAAAACGGUGCGAAAACAGAUAUAUUCCCUUCAACAACAAACUUUCUGGCCAAUCCCACGAUGAGCAAGUGAUUAAUCUUUUAAGAACAGUAGACUUGUUUAAGUCAUGCUAUACUAUUGACAAGUAUAAUACAGCCCAAACGUUAAGACAAGAAAGCGAAAAAGAGGAAAACACGAAGUUUACCGUAGAAGAAAUGGUAUUGUAUCGACAAAUCAAAUCUUACCAAAAAUAUACGCUGGUGAUAAAGGAGAAUAAAAAAAUGACCGAAAUAAUUGAACAACUUAAAACGAAAAAGUUGAUAGUUGAAUCUCGCUUAGCGGAAAACAAGAAACGUAUCGCAUCGUUACAAAAUGAACUAAAAGUCUUCACGUUUGAAAAGUCAAAGGACAGUACACAUCUCGUAGACAGAGUUGUAAACAAGUUACGCGAUGUAGAAGUCAAACAUGAAAAAUUGUUACAAACACAAGUGAAUGAAGCCUUGGAUUAUAUAAUAACACUUCUACAGAAACAAAUCGAGAAUGAUGAGCGCAGGAAAGUUAAGCAAAUUGACAAUUUGAAAAGGGAACAAAUAAGAAAAGUACGGGAAGUGAAAGAAAACAGCAACCGGCGAACGAGAGCGUCAAAAUGGCGUUAUGGUUGUCGAAAAAAGUAUGAAAAUGAAGAUUCAUUUUUGGACAUGUAUUCAGAAGUAGACGAUAGUGCGCAAAUCGUAUAAAACAUACAACAAAACGACUUGCAGAAUGUUUACUGAACCCGUUUACUAGUACUUUACCAGUUUAAUUGUCCCUAUUACAGUUGUUUGCGUACUAAUCAACAUAUGUAUUUAUGAACACAAAACGAUAUUAAACUAAAUAAAAAUAGAAUAAAAGUUGUUACUCA